UGGGAUACAUUUGAGUCAAGAGAUAUAGUCAUUUGCUCCCCCCCCCCAUCCCCCAUUCUCUUGUGAUUGUUAAUAUACCCCUGAAGCUAGCCCAGCAGUACCAACCAGCCCGUGUGUCACAUGAGAGGCCGAUGUGGCUGUGCCCCAGGAUGCUGCUAUUCUUAGCGGCCGGAAUGUACACAGUGGCCUCAUGGCCUCCAGACUCUUACUGGUAAGCCUCAGUGUGGCUCUGGGUCGCGUUCCACUCGCUCUACUCUCGCUCUCUCUCGGGCUCCCUACCCCUCGCUGUCUCUCGGGCUCCCUACCCCUCGCUCUAUCUCCUGCAGAGGCUUUCUGUUCUCUGAUCUAACCACACACUUCAAGUCUCCAAUUGAACUCGUUUUUGGCUCUCCUCAUUAACUUUUCUUUUUAACCGUGGAUAUUAUUAUUGAUAAGCUAUACUUGGGAGAUAGAAGUGUUUUGUUUUCUCUACGUAGAAAGAAUGGCCCAAACAUGGUGUGACGUGUUUCCCUUCAAAGACUUUGAGCUGUCCUCCUACCUCCUGGCCCAGCUCAACCUCCUCCGCCAGGAGCGCAUCCUGACCGACGUGCUGCUCUGCACCGAGCACUGGGAGAUCCCAUGCCAUCGCAGCAUCCUGGUCUCCAGCAGCCCUUACUUCAGGGCCAUGUUCUGCAGCAACUUCCUGGAGAGCAGCCAGAGCCGUGUGGACCUCAAGGGCAUCUCCCCCGAUGUCUUGGCGGGCAUCGUGGACUACGUCUACACGGGCUGCAUCACCAUCACCAUGGACAUUGUGCUUCCCCUGAUGCAGGCCGCGUCCAUGUUGCACUACGGCCGCCUUGUGGAAGCCUGCUCACUGUUCCUCCAGAGGCAGCUCAGCCCUGACAACUGCCUGAGCAUGAUCCGCCUGUCGGACAUCCUCCACUGCGAGAGCCUGAGGGACCGGGCCAAGGAGAUGGCCGUGCGCUGCUUCUCUGACGUGGCUGCCACUGAGGACUUCUGCGAGCUGUCCCUGCCCGAGCUCAUGUGCUACCUGGAGGACGACCGCCUGUGUGCCGAGGAGGAGCAGGUGUUCGAGACCCUGCUGGCGUGGAUCCACCACGACCCCUUCUCCCGGCGCGGGGCCAUCCAUGACCUCUUCAAGAAGGUGCGCCUGCGCUAUAUCCACCCCACCUACCUGUUCCAGUUCAUCGCCAACGACCCGUUGGUCCAGUCAUCCACCCUCUGCACCGAGAUCAUCGAGUCGGUGCGGCGCCUCAUGCUCUCCGUCAGUACCAGGUGCAGCCGCGAGCUGAAGCCGCUAUGGACCACGCCGCGGCGCUACACCUGCCGGGAGACGCUGGUGGUGGUGGGGGGCCGCAAAAACAACGAGCAGACAUCGCGCGAGGCCCUCCUCUACGACGAGAGGACCCAGCGCUGGCAGUGGCUGGCCAAGCUGCCCCUGCGCCUCUACAAAGCCGCCUACGUGUGUAUCCACAGCAUCCUGUACGUGGUGGGCGGGCUGAGCCUGUGCAUGGCAUCCGGAGACAGCUCAGUGAGUGCCACGGUUUACACACUCUCCCUCAAGACCAACCAGUGGCGGACCGCCGAGCCCAUGUUGCAGCCGCGCUACGCCCACCAAGGCGUGUCCUACCUCCACUUUAUUUUCGUCCUAGGAGGCAUCGGCGUAGACAAGCAGAUUUGCGACUCAUUGGAGAGAUACAACAGUAUGUUCAACCAGUGGGAGGCCAUGGCUCCCAUGCCGACAGCUGUGCUCCAUCCAGCCGUGGCCGCCAGCGAUCAGAAGAUCUUUGUCUUUGGAGGCGAGGAUGCCAUGCAGAACCCAGUGCGGCUGAUUCAGGUGUAUCACAUAUCUCGUAACCUGUGGUCCAGUCUGGAAACACGGACGGUGAAGAAUGUCUGUGCCCCAGCGGCUGUCAUCGAGGACAAGAUCUACAUCGUUGGAGGGUACACCAGACGGAUGAUCGCCUACGACACUAAAGCCAACAAGUUUGUCAAGUGUGAAAACCUGAAGGAGCGCCGGAUGCACCACAGCGCCACGGUGAUCAACAACAAGCUGUACGUGACGGGCGGCCGCUUCCUCAACAGCCAGGACGUCAUCGAGGACUCGGACUGCUUCGAGAUCUACGACCCCAAGGCUGACGUGUGGGCGUCCAAGGGCUCCCUGCCCUACAAGCUGUUUGACCAUGGCUCUCUGCCUCUGGUGUGUGUAUCCAACAGACCCAAUCCCCCGUGAACUGCGCUCCCGUGCCCUCCGCCCCCUGGCCACCCAUGCUGGUUCACCCGCUGCGCACGUGACCCCACGUCCCCACUGUGCCAUGAUUGAGUGGCACUUUUGGUUACGCAUGGGGGAGAAUCUGUCUUUCGGCUCACUGCGUUCCUUCACGCGGCUUAAAGCACAAGUUAACGACACGCUAGGCUGAGCCGUCCACGGCAUUCUGUAUCAAAAGAGACGAACAUUGGCGGUGAGGCGGUGUCAAUUCAUUUACAGUUUUCCGGGGGGGGGGGGGGGGGCGGGGCUACCGAUCCCUGAAUCAUUGUGGAUCAGAAUCCAGUCCAAGAGUCCAGUCAGACUUGGAGCUAUCAAGAGCCACAAAUAAUCGGAAAUAGCUCAAACCAAAUAUCACAUUUGGACUUGAAUUAAAUACUCGAAUCAUU